AUGGGCGUCCCGGGUGGUCGGGCUGAGUGCCUUACUCCUUCCGGCCGGCGGCAAUGGCAGCCGCUAGAUUCACCUCUUUGGCAGGCCACCCCUCACAGCUCCGCCUCUGCUGUGGCUGUGGACGUGGCCACCAAUCAGGUGCCAUGGCAGCCAGACAGUCUGAGCCUGGCUACAGUGCCGCUUUCCCGGUAUCCGCUGCUGGGCUCCGAUUCUUGGCUCUCCCGACCUGCCAGUGCUCGAACCACCUCGUCGCGGCCAAGAACGGCGGGAUCAGCGGCUGCCGCGCUGGAGGCGGCGAAGGCGGCGGGAGAGGCGGCAAAGGCUGCGGCAGACGCUGCCAUGGUGGCUGCUCGUCUUAUCUGCCAAGACGAGGUGAACUGCGAGGAGGAGCCACGGAGCAUCGCGCCGGAGGUGGAAAUCCUCGAGCUCCCCAGCGGCAGCUCCAGGCCGAGCAGUCCACCGUUGGCAGAGAGCGAUCGAGCUGCCUUUCUCCGCAGCCUAGAGGCUUGGAAGACCGAAGCCGCAGAGGAGUGCACGGAGCGGUCCCCUUGGUCAAAGAUGCAGCAGAGCUUUAUCCGAAGCCUGGCGCGGCCCAGCGAGGACCUGACAGCCCUCGAUGCGCUGAUGUCCUCCACGGCCACGCGGCCUCCCGCCGGCGUCUGCCCAAACGUGGUGGGAAGGUGGAAUCUGUCACCUGACCGGGCUUUGGCAGCCCCCAAAGCGCACAUCCCGGAAUUUCCUGCAGCGACUGGUAUGCAGGAGGAUUUCACUGCGGUGGGCUCGGGCGGACUGUCCGGUCUUUACCCAGACUCCGUCGAAGAUUUCAUGGCUGACCUCAACAAGGCGAGAGAUGCUUUCGAGGUGAUCGUGAGUCUCUCCCCCGGUCUCCCACAGCGGCGUGGAGAGGUAAAGCCAGAUCUCCA